AUGUUGCUCGCAAAACCAUGGACAAGCUUGUGUUUGAUGGCGGGGAGCUUGACGGGCGCAUGGGCGCGGUCUGGAGGAUUGACCGAAGAUCCUGAUAUCAAAGCCAUCUCGCUGCGAACACACACCCUCGAGCCCCCAUAUCUUGACUCGGAUAUGCAAAGCCGUUGGUGGGACUUUGGCGGAGACACCAUUAUUCGGACUGAUAAAUACAUUCGACUUGCUUCGGACAAACCCUCACGCGAUGGCUGGAUCUUCUCGAGAGUCCCUCUUACAGCCACAAAUUGGGAGGUCAUGUUUGAGUUCAAGAUUCACGGACAAGGAAACCUCUAUGGCGACGGCUUUGCCAUGUGGCUCACCAAGCAGCGCGCACAGCCAGGAAACGUCUUUGGCCAUACCGACAAAUUCGAGGGUCUCGGUAUCUUCUUCGAUACCUACAAGAACAACCGCCCAGGCACCGUAUUCCCCUACAUCAUGGCCAUGAGCGGCGAUGGAAACACUGCGUAUGACAAGGACAACGACGGCAAGGCCAAUGAGCUUGCCGGAUGCUCGGCCCGCGGCAUUCGCAACGCGCAGAUCGCAACCAAAGCCCGCCUCACGUACUUUCAGGAGCAGUUCCUCCGCCUCGAGAUCCAAUACAAGGCCGAAGACGAAUGGACCAUGUGCUUUGAAAUCCCUAACUUCAAGGUCCCGCCUGUUGCAUACUUGGGUUUCUCUGCCGAGACUGGUGAGCUCUCCGACAACCACGACAUUGCUUGGGUCAGGUCAACAAACCUCUACAAGAAGAGCCCUGGUGCGAUGCCAUCGACAGGAAGCACCGGUGGUAAGACCGCUUCGUCCAUGAGCCGCGAAAGACCUAGCGAGGGAAGCUGGACAUGGACUUUUGUAAAAUUUGUGCUGUUUGGUAUGGCACUGACUGGUGCAUACGUCGGUUUCACCGUCUACAGGGCCAGGCAAAGAGACCGAUUCUAG